UGUACUCCAAUCAAAUUUGGAUCAAAUCUAUCAUUGAAUCAACUUGAUCGUUGCUUCGUCACGCAGGCCGGUACUUCGUUGAUCCAAAUUGAUCGAUAAGUCGAUAAUAAGCCUGGCCUUGGGAGACUCGAGCACUUCGAACUUUGAUGCGGAGGCACAGAGCCUCCGCCGCACCGCCGUUUAUUGAUGGACAGUUAUUAAGUCAAUGCCCCGGUGUCAAGCCAACCACCCACCUUUUCCCCUCUUGCACCAGACAGACAGGCAGGCAUGCAGAGACUUGUAUGGGUCGCUCUUUUACUUCUAUACCAUGCACGUGCUAUCUUAGCGGCCGGUAAUACGACAUGCCUUAGUGGUGAACUGGACUGGUACACAACUGCAGUUGGUGAAACGCCCUGCGCGACAUAUCAGCAGCUUCGACAAAUAUGCAACAGUGCUUACGUGGUUGGCAAUUUCAGCUCGACCACCCCCGGUGAUCGUUGCGAUGAUCAAGUCUCGGAUUGCUGCUGCAAUUCUGUCGCAUUCGCAUUAAGCAUGCUCUGCAUGAAUUGCCAAGAAGAUGCUGUCUCAGGCAAUGUAGCUGGAUUCGAUGCCGCUCCUGGAACAUACACUACUUAUCUUGCUGGCUGUGGUCUUGGCGUCAAUCAGUCGCUUCCAGCAGAUAUUCAACAAGCUGUGUGCAAUGAGAACAUCAAAAUUGAUAACUUUUUAUACAAUAGAUCCUAUUGGUCCGAUGGAUCCUGUCGAUGGACGGCCGAUUAUGCAGUAGAACAGCAGGCGAUAAACAACAACAAUACUUUCACGGUUUGCCCGAACCAAGUCUUGGCUUCGGCAUCCCUCCCCACAUCUACAACGGUCCAUACUGCAGCUGUCUCUGCCACUCUCACUGCAUUACCUUCCAGCUCUGGGAAUACUACUUCAGUCACGGUGGCCUCAUCUACUUCUAAUUCAAAGACCAUCAUUAUCGGUGGUGCAGUAGGUGGUGCUGCGCUCGCCAUAAUCGCAGUCCUCGGUGGUGCUUACUGUUAUAGACGGAGUAAACGACCUCGUAUGAUCCAAGAUACGCCAUCCGUGUUUCUGGGCCAGUCACAUGGUGUCCAGCCGAUUUACGGAGCGUCCGUCGCGGAUACUGAAGCAGUAGCCACUCAGAGAUACAGCAGUUUAAGUCCAGUUCGGCGCAAUCAUGGGUCUAGUGCCAAUUCUACUGUCCCGGUGACACGUUAUUUGAGUCCCGAGCGGGUCCAGUCCUUCAGCACGCUGCCUAGCACAUCGUAUAUUGUGAAUGACAAUCACUCUGAAGGGGUGCGAUACAGCCGAGAAAAUGAUGCUGGCACGUUGAUUCCCCCCGAUGACGCGCCUGCAGAAAGGCUUCCGCCUGCGUAUCAGCCAUCUUGGGUGUCCAGGAACGCACCGCAAAGCAACUCAGACCCUAGUGAAGAUCAAUUUCCGUUGGACCAAACUGUUCAGACUGUGCGGCCGAGCAACGAAACACGCCGAGAAAAGCUAACAAGGGUUCCGCAAGAGACAAUAGCGUCGAGGUGGAGUGUUGAUAGCACAGCAAAUGAGGUGUAACAUUAUACACAUCCUUCUGGACAUUUUCACACUUGUGUGAUGCUUAAAUACGACAGCCCGCAUGUUAUUUAUAUUUCAUGAUACCAAUGGGGCAUAUUUUUAUCUUGUGAUCAGCGCU